AUGUCACGACAUACAUUCUUUCUCCUUCUAUUUGUACGAAUGUGUACUUCAACUCUAAGCAUUCUCGUAAUGCUUGUUGUUUUGGUCAGAUUUCGACAAGUACAAGAAACUGUAAAGGUUAAUCGUCGUAUGGCCAAUUUCAAUUCACGUCAACAAGGCUUCACACAAGCUAUGCUUUUCUCUUGCUGUUUUACUUUUGCACUUUUUGUUGUACCCAAUAUGGCAUCAUAUUGCAUUAAAUUGCUUGAUGUGAAAAAUGCUGAUUUGUACAAUACAUAUUUAAAAUUGGUCAGCUAUACUUCUACAUUGGACAUCCUUGUCAUUAUGUUACAUCGACAACAGGAUAUUACUACAGAAGUAUUGCAACGUUUUCCAUUUCUGCUUAGUUUCCGAAUUUGUCUUCAAUCCUUACUGAAACCAAAAGUGAAAGUUAUACAAUCAAAUCCGGCAAAUCUCAAUUUAUGGAUAUCAUAA